UGUUUUUGUUCGCUACAGUCGAAUAGAGAGAAGAUACAGUCUGCGUUUCUAAACAACAACAAAAUAACUACACCAAACAUAGGCCUCUGAUCGGCGCUUCUUCAGCGACUGAUCUCGACCAGCUAUAUCUUUACCUGCUAGGAAAAUUUGAAGGGGAUGCUGCUGCGGAAAGAAACACUAUUUUUCAGUCGGUCCUCGCGUAUUUUUUUUCGGUUCGGUGGGUGUUCUGAAACUGCGACGAGUUUUUUAAUACAACAAGCCUCCCAGCAAAGCGGACGAAUACAACCGAGCCCGACUCGAUACACUUCGUGCUGAAACUGAUGAAAUUACAGGGACUCAUUUUCUGAAAUAGAUAAAACAACAAUAUUAUUCCCUGAGUCUGUCACAGCAUAAUUUUCAACCAAGGAGCCGUCAUUUGUAUUUCUACAAAAGUGUUAUUAUUGGAAUGGAUCAAAGUGUUCUGCAAUGAGGUCAUCUUUCCGUCCCUGAAGUGUCUCUCCCACUGUCUUGCAGUGAAGAAGUGCUGAGUGAUCCCAUCCAAACAUGAAACUCCUGGAGAACUCGAGCUUUGAAGCCAUCAACUACCAGCUGUGCAUUGAGACUGGAGACUCGAACAUCAUCGGCAGGAUCGAGAGCUACUCCUGUAAGAUGGCAGGGGAUGACAAGCACAUGUUCAAGCAGUUUUGUCAGGAUGGUCAGCCCCACGUCCUGGAGGCCCUGUCCCCCCCUCAGACCAGCGCGGUCAGCCCCAGCAGAUUGAGUAAGAGCGGUGAGGAUGCAGAGAGCCCGCUGAGUGAUAAGUGCUGCAGGAAGACUCUGUUCUAUCUGAUCGCCACACUCAAUGAGUCCUUCAGACCAGACUACGACUUCAGCACGGCCAAGAGCCACGAGUUCAGCCGAGAGCCCAGCCUCAACUGGGUGGUGAAUGCAGUGAACAGCAGCCUGUUCUCGGCAGUGGGGGAGGAGUUUAACAACCUGAAGCCUGAGCUAUGGAAUGCUCUGGACCAGGAGAUCUGCCUGCAGGAGUGUGACAUCUACAGCUAUAACCCUGAUCUGGACUCUGACCCCUUUGGAGAAGAUGGCAGCCUCUGGUCCUUCAACUAUUUCUUCUACAACAAGAAGCUGAAAAGAAUUGUCUUCUUCACCUGCCGCUCAGUUAGUUUCAUGAGCGGGUGUGGUCGGGACAGCCUUGGAAACGAGUUGGACAUGGAGCUGGAGGACGAGAUGGAUGAAGAGACAGACAACUUUGAGGAGGACAGUUUCCAUCAGGCGGUGUGUGUCUAGCGAGAUGGAGUUACCCCCCCCAUCUCUGAGGGAGUGAGACCCUUUCCACAGCAGAGCAGCUCAUCAGCAGAAUCUUACCAUCUCUCUCCCUCUCUAUCUUCAUCUCAAUUGUACAGCAUUCUCGCUUGCUUGCCAGGACACAUUGGUUUGUUUUAUAGCCUUCCUCCCAGCAAUAACUCUGAAAUGGGAGACCAGUUUCUAUAUGGGACUUUAAUCCAGCUCAGCAUUUUGGAUUUACUGGCAGCUAUGACAAGGAGCCGGCAGCAUUCAGUGAUUUUAAAGGACUCCUUUUGCUUUCUGCUAAACCAGAUAAAAGAGACUUCUUCUUCUUUAUAUUUCCUGGUCUCUACAGAGUGGCACUGCACUGAGAUACUGUUUUAUUGUUUUUUGUAAUGUUUUAGAUCCAGGUCUGAUUGUAAGCUAGGAGAGGCUGCUGUGAAAUGCACAAGAAGAACUGAACAGCAGCCUUUCAGGCCUGGCAGGUUUUAGAUUAAAACAAUCACUGCAGGCUUAAAGUGAGUGUAGCUAACAAAAGCAUUCCAUUCAUCUUGCCUGCUUUGAACUUCCUUUCAUUUCAAAUGUGCAUUUUUGAAAGAAAUGCGUGUUAUAGCAAACAAGUAUUUUCAUUUAAUAAAAACACCAAUACUACAUUAGGUUAAAGAAAGUUAUCUGUUUCUGUGCCUUAUUUUCAGGAAAUCUGUUGCACUUCUUGGGUCAUUUCACCUCAGCAGUGAUGUUAUUGGCUAAAAGCAUGUCCGUCAAAAGGGAAAACAGCUGGUUGGUUAAUGACCUCAAAGAAGCCAUUGAAAGGGUGGGGGUAAUUUUACACUUCAGGUGAAAUUACCAAGCAAGUGCAACACUAACUGAAAGCAUGGCUUGCAAACAUUUCUUUAAUCAAGUGUAGUACCAGAUAUUAUUUAAAUAAGAACAUGUCCUGUAACUUUCUAACUGUACACUUAAGACCUGUGUAGCUAAGGAAGUGCAUGGCAGGUGAGAUCUAUGGAAUUAUUUGAACUAAAUCACUUUAAUUUGCCCUCCUAAUAUUUGAUGGUAAUGGUGAAAGUGUUGGUUACAGUUUUGUUUGUAUUCCCAUUUAUUAUAUGGUUUAGAUACUUAGACUCCUGUUGCCCUGCAGUUUCAACCAUCGCAGCUCAGAGACAGACCUAGAAAUACUUCAAACUGCUAUUUAUUUAUUGCAUUUAUACAGCGCUUUUUAUACAGAAGUAUCACAAAGCACUGUAUGACAGUGCAGCUUCUUGCUGUAGAAAUGAACGGAAUGUUUUUCAGUGUUUCAGCCUGGGCUGCGUUUGUUCUGUUUUUUCUACAUUUUUUCAAAUGCAUAUGUGAGGAAUGAUUCCUGAUAAAAUGGGGAACUGGUGAAAUAGAAGAUGCUCUUCAUUGAGUAAGCAGCAGUGUGUGUAAAUUUUAAACAAGCAGCAUUUGGGCAAGUACAGUAUAUUAUAAUAACCUCCUUUUUAACGUUUGAAUACCGCAUAACAUUUGUGUUCGUCUGUCUUUUUAGAACAGAGUUUUCUGCUUUGAUUUUGUUUUGUUUUUUGUAAUCUUAUAGGCAGUUCUGUUUUGUCCUCUUUUUAAUCUGCUUUGUUCACCUACUGAUGGUACAUGAAUGAAUAAAAUCUGAUUUAAUGUAA